AUGUCUUCAACGGAAGACAUAAUUUCGUUCGAUAUCGCCAAUACUCAAUUGAAAAUUACGUCCACCAAAUAUAUAUCAAUUAAAGAUAUUUGGGCACAAAUCAGACCGUUGUACGACAUUGAAAACAUAUUCUGGUAUCCUGAUUCCGUGAUAAUCGCGAUCGUGAUAUUAAUAUUCCAUGAAAUACUCAACGUGUUUAUACAAACUAAUAGCUUUUUAUGGCGGUCAAAUAUCAGUUUAAAUAAAUAAAUUAAUAGCAAAAUAUUCUUUGAUACGUCGUAUCAUUUUAUUGAAUUUAUCUACACCUUUGGUUAAAGGUUUUGAAUUCUUAUGCAAGUGGGCGUACAAUUUAAAUCAUAAUGCUAUCACAGAAAUUAAAGAAUUUGACGACAAAAUGGAGGAUAUUGAAUUAUUCCAAUUUGUUACUGUUAAUAAAGUAAUCGAUGAAGAUGAAGAUGAUAAUGAAUUUUAA